GGGGAGGUGUAUUAUGAUAAAGAAAUUAUGCUAAUGAAGAUAUUACGAAGAAAUUGCGAGCGCCCAAUAUCGCUCAACGUUAGUAUUUAAUUCCCGUUCUUCGGGGACAAUGCGUGACAUUGGUGGAACAGCGAGGAGAUAAGGACCCGGCCAUUCUCCCUUGAGAUUUGCCUUUCGAUAUUAUCCGCAAGCUGAUGCACCUUGGCGACGGUGGAUUCAGCUCUGCAUUGGCUCGAUCGAAGUACCGCAGUCUCCCUUCAGCGACGGUGAAGGGUCAGCGCACGUGGCUAGUGGGUCAGCGAAAAAUGCGAUAGAAACGGAGGAGUACGAUCGUGCCGCGAAAGGAAGAAGAAGAACAAGAAGGAAAACGAGAGAAAGCUUAUUGCCGGAUGAAAGAGCAUCAUGUGCUCAAUCGUACCAGCCUGGUGGCGAUGGGCUGCCCUUCUCGGCACGAUGCUGCUGCUGUUGCUAUCUUGGGGGGCGGGCGCGGCGGAGGGUUGCCCGAGUAUGUGCGCAUGCAAGUGGAAAGGCGGGAGACUCAGGGGAUUGCCGCAGGGUGCCCGCGAGGAAACACAAGUGCUCGACCUUUCUGACAAUCAGUUGGUCGACCUACCGGCGGAAUGUUUUCUCGCACUCGGCUUAGUUAACCUCCAACGGCUCUAUUUGGGCAGGUCUCACAUCGUCAAGAUUGCCUCCCAGGCGUUUUUUGGACUGGUCGGCCUGGUAGAAUUGGAUCUGUCCGAGAAUAAAAUUGAGGAAGUGCCAACGGAUACGUUUGCGUCUUAUCCAAGUCUAAUGAGACUUAUAUUAAAUGGAAAUCCAAUUAAAGAGAUUCGCCAGGGUGCGUUUCGUCAUCUGAUGCACCUGACCACUCUGGAAAUUAGUAAGUGUGAAAUAAAGAUCAUUGAACAAGACGCUUUCGAGGGUCUUCAGUCGCUAGAGUGGCUUCGGCUGGACGGCAAUCAGCUCGUCUACGUGCCUGAUCACACACUGCCACUGGGAGGAAAUCUCAGGGGAUUGACUCUUCAUAACAAUUCAUGGCAAUGCAACUGCAGAUUGAGAAUAAUGCAGACCUGGCUUAAGGAAUCAGCUCCGGCAGCCCCGCAGCAGUCUGAACCAGUCUGCGAUUCUCCGGAAAGAUUGCGCGGCAGACAAAUUAAGAGUCUCAAGAUUAGCGAAUUGGCUUGCUUGCCCCGUAUCGAUCUUCAAAAUCGUUUAGAAAUUUAUGAAGGCGGUAAUGUUACUUUGACAUGUAAUAUUCACGCGAUACCUGCCGCCAAAGUCAUCUGGUCAUUCAACGGAGAACCGUGCGAGUUGCAGAAUGAGAAUGAUUCUAUAGUCAAUAGCAUUUCCACGUUUUCAAGAUAUAUUUACCGACAACGAGGCGGGACCAACAUGAGCAGCACGUUGUUUCUUUACUCAGUCGAGUCGCUCGAUGAAGGUACUUACAGUUGCAUUGCGGAAAACAGUGCAGGUUCUGCAAUGGCAAAUCUCUCUCUCUUUGUGCUCUUUCGCGAAAAAUCCACCGUGGAGCCGCCCUUCGACAAUCCCGGUUCCGGCUACGUAGCCGCAAUAGCUGCGGGCGCACUGGUAGGCACUCUCUUGGCGUUGGGUUGUCUGAUAGGUAGCGUGAUAUAUUGUGCGAAAAAACGACGUAGCGACCGGAAGCGUAACUCAAAAGCCUUGGUGACGCAGAGCAAAUCGGUGCUACCAAUCACAAAAGACACCACUAGCGGAUCCUGCCGAAAGGGUAACGGCAGCCUGAUCGGCUUAGAGCAUCAGCAGAUGGUUUCGUAUACCGAGCGAGAAAUCAGCCGAGCGGCUACUUUAGAGCACCGGGAACACUCCAGAAACACGUAUCCGGUGGCAAGUCCGGUCGCUAAAUACCUGACCGAGCCAGAUUUGAUUAAUGAGGUGCCCGAAAGUACCGAGGUGGGUUAUGGUCAGCUGUACGGACGUCAUCAUCAGCGAGUUGGUGCUGCCGAUCGACAGAUCUUCGAAUACGACUCGGGCUAUCCGCUGCAGCCCGAUCUACGACCGCCGUCGGUUUUACCGCAGAUGAGCUACCUAGAUCAGGACGGCUAUCCGCUGAAUUUUGGUCUGCCCAAGAUCUCUUUCAGCACCGCCAGCACUUUGCCUAGGCUUCGGCAACGGAUGACGGAACCUGGCUCGGCGGCUGCGCCGGCGGCCAGAUAUUCACGUGAGGCAGAGUUCCUCGCGAGAUCACCGGGAUACGACCCUGUUUUACCGCGAACCGACGCCAGGUACACCGCUGAGGGCUAUCCCUAUCCGGUGCACCAGCAACAGCAGCAGCCGCUGCAAUCAACGAUGCAAUCACCGCCUCUGCCGAUUCAACCGGUAGAGCAACCGAUUCAGCAACAACUGCCCAUUCAAUCGCCGGUUUCGCCGGUGGCCGUCUUCCCGGAAGUACCCUUCAUACCGUCACCCCCGGCGGCGUACAGGGGCGAGACCACCCCUCUGUCGCCGAGAUCCCUUCUCGGAAAAACCGCUCGCGAGGCCGCGGCUGCCGCUGUCGCGAGGGCAGAGGAGCUGCAACCACCGAAUCACCCGGAGAGUCCUGACGAGGGCUACGUGGGAGACGCUAUGGACGUCUGAAAAAUUGCCAAUGGCGAUAAGGGAAAUAAUCGUCAGGUCUGAAAAGCGUGGAAGAUACGUUUCUGGUAUAUCGUUGAAUAAGAUUGACGUUCACUUUUUGUGAAUCUACCCUUCUAUGGACCUUUUAUGGACUUAUACUGAAGAAAAGAUUGGAUAGAUCGAUUUUUCUGCAAAAAAUCUACUGCCGUUUAACUUCUUCGAAAGUGGAAAGAUAGAAAAGGUGGUAUUAUGCACAAUUAUGUACAUAUUUUCUUGGAAUUUAAUGAAAUAAUUAUCAUUUACUGCCUGAUUUUUGCUAAAAAGUUCUUAUCUUGGAAUGACAAAUUAAUUUUAAUAAUUAAUGAUUACACGCAUAAAUAUUCGAUUAUCUUUGAUUCUGUCUUGAUCGUUUUAUUUAUAAGAAAAUUAAUUUAAGGAAAAAUUAAUUAUUCAUUAUUCAUUAUUUUCAUUAAUUUGGGAAUUAAUGAAAUGAAUUAACAUGAAAUUUCACAAGUUUCCAUAUGUAUUAUCGACGAAACAAUCAUUAUGGAUUAAGAAAGAAGAUAUCUCUUCUCUAUCUUUUUGCUCAAUAUAUUGAUCCAGCAGCAAGAAUAACAAAGUACUUUUCAUAUAAAUUUUUACAAUCUCCUUCCACGCGAAUCAAACGUCAAGCAUGAAGAUCUUAACAAAGCUACGAACAAUACGAAUUACCGGCAUCAAGGAGGAGAUCUGUCCUCGUCACGUUAUCAGAUUAAUUCACGGAGGAUAACAGGGUCCAGGAUGUGAUUGGCGGAACACGGCCGCCAGAGACGGCGCGAACAAAGCAUUCGUCCUGGCGGUAGAGACGUAAUAGAUUAAUCAGAAGGCAUGUCACGAAUGUCGUCGGGGUGCACAAUCCUUGUCAGUCAGGAAGGAUGACGAAGGAGGUGUUUGCGCUAGGGCGAAGCGAUCCUCGAAUUUGAAGGAAAUCGACUCCGAAGAAUUUACGCGGAUCGCGUUUAAAUGCAGAGAGUGCUUUUUCGGACAUCAAAAUGGCGGCCGGAUUUAUUUAAACGGCAUGUCGCGUUUGUGAAAUACGACGUCGUUCUUUGGACGCGCUCCAAGGAGAAACGUUCGGUCGCGUUGAAAAGGAACCAAGAUGGCGUGACUGAUCCUUAAAGUGAUAGAUAAAUGUUUGGCGGACUCGAUGGAGUGAAACGCGUCUCAUUGGACCUCGAAGGCGCGCUUUUAGCGUUGCACGAGCAGAAACGUGACUGGUGCUCAAAGCGGCCACUCCGACAGGAUCCGCUGAGAAAAUGUGAAAUUAAUUAAAUUUAAUUGUUCAUGUCGAUCCUGUAACCGUUAAAGUCUGCGAUGAAUCGGUAAUUGCAAGUUGAGCGGAUCGAAAAGAUAUAAUGAUAAGAAGAGAGAAUUGUCCUGUUUUAAUAAAUAUUUUAUAGAUAUUUGAGAAAAUAUUUGUAUGAUUUUUUAAUCUAUAUUUUGUAAAACGAUUCUUAUAAUUGUUUUGGGAAGAUCUUAAACAGGUUAUUGUUAUAUCGAAAAGAUAUAAACUUAUAUAACUCUUCUUUCUUGGAUGAUAGAAGUGAGAUCUGUACGCUUCAAUCAUUAGAUCACUUUGAUAUCAUUUAUGGUUGUCAAUAGCGUUGCAUGUAUGGAAUACUUGUGAUUAAGAAAUUACUGCUCAAGAUAAUCCUCUGAUAGCACUUUGUUUUAAACUUACAAAACUUACGAAACAUCAUUUAUUUUGAUUGUGUGAGGACUCUCGAUCUUGGAUAGCCAGGCGGAGACGCAAUUGUAGCGAUUCUGCUGUAGUGAUAAUAAUGUUAACUUGGUGUUUAAGACUGGUGAACUGUGCGAGAUUAGGAGGCCGCAGUGGCGCUCGACCUGAUGUACAGAUACCGUUGAAUAUACAGGGUGUUUUUUGAAAAAGCAGUAUAUACCAGAAUCGAGUCAGCGAAAAAUGUAUGCAUCUUGGAAAAUAAUUUAUUAAUUUUGCAAAUCUUUUUUUUCUUUUAAAAGAAUAUCAGAAUUUAAGAAUUAGAAAUUUCAAUGUAACGUAGUUCAAUUUAAUAUUGUGAAUUUUAUUUCUCAAAAGUUUAAAUAUUUAUCUAAAUUGUUUUUAUUUUACAUUGAUUUUUUUCACAAAAUUAAGUUUAUAUUCUACUAAGAAAAAUCUUGCAGAUUACAGCUCCUCUCACAGCUCCUUAGAAUAGUAUACGUCUUUUCUGGGACGCCCUGUAUACCUAUAUACAUAUGCGUAUAUAUAAAUAUAUACAUACACAACACACAGAUAGAUAUAUACACAUUAUAUGGCGCGACUAAAACACUAAGAAACAAAAACUGGUGAAAGUAGUUAUUUUUUAAAGAUGUUUUCGAAAUUUUGCGAUUCGAGCUGGCUUUGCUCUCUCAAAUAAUCGAUCUACAAUUAAUAGAAAUUGUGAUUGAUGUUGUUUCUGCACGAGAAGAAAAACUGAGUCGAUAACACUUGUAAAAUUCGUAAAUUAUAAUGAUGAUUUAUAAAAUGCUGAUUGGCUGAUGACAAAUGAUCAUAAGCAAUCAAAUACGCGCCCGAGAAAGAGCAUCGAGACUCUGUGGAGGAUCCUUUCAGAAGUACCCGAGGACGAGGAAACUGGUUUCCUUUCCGUCGCCGUAAUCACGACGCGAUUCACGGAUGAACAGUGUUUGCCUUCCAGUCUGGCGAUUUGCAAGAUAUAGAAUCCUGUCUGCGUCAUUUAAGCAUCGCCGUCGAGAUAACUCGAAAUUUGCGUCUUCGCUUUCGAAAGUUUCGUAUAUAACAAUAUUUCAUUCGGGGCAAGGUAUUAAUUUAUUUACCCUUCGCGAAAUUUCAAGCGAAGAGAAUAUUUGAAACACGAAAAGAAGAGAGACCUUUAAUGUGCCAAAAAAUCAAAACUGUCCGUUUCUAAUUAGUUAGAAUUAACCGUUUUAAAUUAAAUUAAAAAUCAAGCGUUUUUUUUCACAAGCGAAAUUGAAUAAAAAGAGAGCUAACAUGUUGAAAUUAAAAUUAUUACCUUUUUAAUUAAACAAAUAUUUUUAUUAAAAGAGGAGGC